UUGGUCAGGAGACGGAAGCCGCCAGCUUUCUCGCAGCUCAUGCAGCAAACUUCCGACUUCCGAAAUAAAAAAAAAUAAAAAAAACACUGCUACAUUUUACUAGCUAAGCAUCAAGGAAACCUUUAUUACUUACCCCUCAGCUGUGGGACGUGCAGGCAAAGACGAGAGCAGAGUGCUUGAGAGAACUGAGUGAACUGUGUGGCUCACCUGCCCGUUGUUUCCUGUGGUGGGCCUCCAUUGAGGAUGACAAUGGAAGAGAUGAAGAAUGAAGCUGAGACAAAUUCAAUAGUCUCUAUGACAUUAUAUGCAGUCAUGUACCCCGUCUUCAAUGAGUUGGAGAGGAUAAACCUGUCAGCGGCACAGACAUUGCGGGCAGCAUUUAUCAAAGCAGAGAAAGAGAACCCAGGCCUCACUCAGGAUAUCAUCAUGAAGAUUCUGGAGAAGAAGAACGUGGAGAUCAACUUCACAGAGUCACUACUGCGCAUGGCUUCAGAUGAUGUGGAAGAGUACUUGAUUGAAAGACGUGAGCAGGAAUUCCAGGACCUAAACGAGAAAGCACGAGCCCUCAAACAUAUCCUGAGUAAAAUCCCAGACGAGAUCAAUGACAGAGUGCGCUUCCUACAGACCAUAAAAGACAUCGCCAGUGCUAUAAAAGAGCUGCUGGACACAGUCAACAAUGUUUUUAAGAAAUAUCAGUAUCAGAAUCGCAGGGCACUUGAACACCAAAAGAAGGAGUUUGUGAAGUACUCCAAAAGCUUCAGUGAUACGCUGAAAACAUACUUCAAAGAUGCAAAGGCAAUAAACGUCUUUAUCAGUGCCAACAGGCUGAUCCACCAAACUAACUUGAUAUUGCAGACCUUCAAAACUGUCGCCUAGGAGAUGCAGCUGUGAUGUGUGCGGGAGUGUGGAGCCAGUUAUGUGUAACAUACAAAGAUUUUUUGUCUUUUCAAAGUAUAAUUUAUAAACUUUGCCUCAUUUGAAGACACUUGAAAUGAGGAGUUCAAGGCAUGUUAAUUUACUCUUAGCUGAAUAAUCAUGAUUUUCACCCUUCCUGACAGCUUCAUUACCUUUUUCUUUCACUGUUGUUCUGAUCAAAUGAAAGCCAAAAGACUUUGCGCCUUAAAGUGUCAUGCAACAUUCCAUAUACAAAGUGUAAAUAUUGGUAUUCUUUCUUUGUCACUGAGACAUAACGUAUAAGAAUAAAUGAUGUAUUUAACAUAUAUUUGGUUAUAAAUGUUCAAUAAAUAGUUUCCAAAUGUUUAAUAUCCAAA